AUGGCCGAUUAUAGUUACGAAUCGACAUACCUUCGCCAUGGAGAGUACCCCUCAUCCAUGAAGAGCAACCCUGGAGCUAAGUCCAACCUAAGGCGAAAAGCACAGAGUUUCUGCCUGAUUGGUGGAGUUUUGCAUAAGAAGGGGAAGGCCAAGGUUGAAAGGUGCGUCAGAUGUGUGCGCGUUCUCAUGACAAUGCUUUCAUCCUCAGAUGUCACGAAGAGAGUAAUGGAAAACAUAGAAGAACAAGAACAUAUUCUGAAGGCUUGCCAUGAAGGGGUCGGCGAUUCGUUAGAGACUAAGGCGCUUGGAGGACACAUCGGGAUUGACAAGAUGGAGCUGAAGUUGCUAGUAACAAAAUUUUUUGAAGGAGUGUGUUCCAGCUGUGGAGAGCGAAGAGUGUCUCUUCGGAGAAGGAUGCCCAACAGGCUUGUCAUGACCACCAGGCGACCUUCGCUUCCUGGAGAGCCCCCCAUCCUGGAGUCAUCUUCCGGAUCGGAGGGGAGCUCUCCCACGGCAACGACCACCUCUAGCUCUGAUUUUAGUGAGGGACACCAGGAGAGUCCAGAGAGUCCGGCCGUCGUUCCUAGUGUCCCCGAGGAGGUGGUCCAGCUGGAACCUGCCCUUGCCGGGGACGCGGAUCAACCCGAGCUGCAAGGCGUGCGAGACGACCUCACCAUUACGCUGGUGUUUUGGUGCCCCGGUCGUCUCUUCUGGCCGGUCUUCGCGGGAGUCUCCAAGAUUAUCGCCGCUGCGGUCUUCGAUAGGGUCUCCAAUAGACUCUGCGCUAAGAAACUCGUCGUCAUCCUACAAAAGCCGAUUGCCCGGCGUGCGAGAAGGCCUCACCCGUACGCGGGCGUUCGGGUGCCUCCGGCUCCCUCCUCUGAUUGCCCGGUCAGCAUAUCAAUAUCUGACCUGCGGGCAAUCGUGGGAGAAGUGAUGGAUGCCCGCCUGAUUUUGCGCGAACCCAACGCGUCCCGAAGUGAUAAGGUGGCCUCCGACGACUUGCCUCAAAUCCGGACUAUAGAGUAUUUUAUCGUCUCGGUCACCGACCUGCGGAGAGUGGUGGCCGAGGAAUUUGACCGCCGCAUGCUUGCCCCCGAGCAGCCCCAGGCCCACCCGCCCAUAAAACUAUCAGAGACAUAUGGGAUCCCGAAGCUGGUGAAUCAACGUACCCGACUACGAAAUGGAGGACACGAGAAUUCAAGGAGAGGAGUCAUGGGGAUAUGCAAGAACAGCUGGAUCCUCAUCAGCGGGGACGGUCCUGCUCAAAUCUUCAGGAACGAGAAAGAGAUACGACGAUGCUCUGAUGGAUCUUCCAACGAUCCAUGUCUCGAUGCGAAAAGAGUGGUGAAAGGAAUUCAACGUACCCGACUACGAAAUGGAGGACACGAGAAUUCAAGGAGAGGAGUCAUGGGGAUAUGCAAGAACAGCUGGAUCCUCAUCAGCGGGGACGGUCCUGCUCAAAUCUUCAGGAACGAGAAAGAGUCCCUGAUGAGGAGAGAUAAACUAGAUGAAAGCGAAAAGCUGAAAGGCUGCUGUUAA